CAUAGCGGCAUCACCAUGGACGGACGAGACGACGUCAAAAAGCGAACACCCCCCUGCCCGGGCCGCAGACGCAGCCAGCCAGCCAGCACCCGCACGCGCAGCGCGAUGCCAGCCUACGUCGUGCCCCUCCUCCUCCUCCUGUGCUCCCUCGUCUCCCUGGCCGGCGCCGCCAUGGACCCGGCCGAGCGGGAGGCGCUGCUGCGCGUCAUGGAGCUCGUCUCCUCCGACCGCGACUGGCGCUCCUCCUCCGUCCCCGACCCCUGCGCCGCGCCGUGGCCGGGGCUCGAGUGCAAGCCCGACGCCGACGACAAGCGGCUGAUGCGCGUCACGCGGCUCGACUUCGGCGUGCCGCCCAACCCGGCCUGCAGGGAGGCGGCGGCGUUCCCGACCCACGCCUUCUCCGCGCUGCCCCACCUCCAGUCGCUCUUCCUCGUCGACUGCUUCAAGAACCCGGCCAAGACCGCCGCGCUCGCCCUCCCGCCCGCCGCCAACCUCUCCGCGUCCCGCCUGCAGCAGCUCAGCAUCCGCUCCAACCCCUCGCUGUCCGGCACGCUGCCGCCGCAGCUCGCCAGCCUGCGGUCCCUCCAGGUGCUCACCGUCUCCCAGAACGCGCUGGUCCACGGCGAGGUCCCGCGGGGCAUCGGCGGCCUCGCCGGCCUCGUCCACCUCGACCUCAGCUACAACUCGCUAACGGGCCCGAUCCCGGCGCGGAUCGGCGAGCUCCGGAGCCUCCAAGGCCUCGACCUCAGCUACAACUCCUUCUCGGGCCCCAUCCCGAGCAAGCUCGGCCAGCUCGCGCAGCUGCAGAAGCUGGACCUGAGCUCAAACAACCUCACCGGCGGCGUCCCGGCCACCUUCUCCGGCCUCAAGUCGCUCACCUUCCUGGCCCUCAGCAACAACGGCUUAAGCGGACGCCUGCCCGCGGGCCUCGCCGGCCUCCGGGACCUGCAGUACCUGAUCAUGGAGAACAACCCGAUGGGCGUGCCCCUGCCGCCCGAGCUCGGCGGCAUCGCGCGGCUGCAGGAGCUGCGGCUGGCCAACUCGGGCUACUCGGGGUCCAUCCCGGACACGUUCGGGCGGCUGACGAGCCUGACGACGCUGUCGCUCCAGAACAACAACCUCACCGGUAGAAUCCCGGCGGGGCUGAGCCGGCUGAAGCGCAUGUACCACCUGAACCUGAGCAAGAACGGGCUGGACGGCGCCGUGCCAUUCGACGGCGCGUUCCUGAGGCGGCUCGGCCGGAACCUCGACCUCAGCGGCAACCCCGGGCUGUGCGUGGACGAUCGGGCCGUCGUGAAGGAGGUGGGCGUGGACGUCUGCGGCGGCGGCGACAGCUCCGUCGGCAGAGCGAUCACGAGGGGCGGCGCCAUGUGGCCUGCCCUGCUCAGGCCAUCCGCCUCCGCGCUGCUCUGCUGCUGCCUCUUGCUCUGAGACUUUCAUGACUGAUGUAGUAGUUGCACUGAUUAAUCGCUCGCUCCGUGUAUGUAAUUGUGCUGCUUGCUUUGUAACGUCGAUUUGUGCAAGAAUUCCGAGUGGAGCUGCAGUGGCAGGGCACAGUGGCGCGCAUGGGGUUUUGUCUCGUCGCUUGUUAGGCUUGGGCCACGGCGGUCAACGAAAGCGCCGGGGACUGGAGUGCUAAUCAUGAUGUCUUCCCUCCCGCCUUGCUUCAGAUUCUGCCUGCUUCCUUUGUUGCGUCGUGGUGCCGAUUGAGCUGGUCAUGGGCAGCAUUUUGCAUCAGUUUUCAGCCGCUGAUCUGUUGUCUCCAUAGCAUUGUACUCGUCAUGGCUUUGUGGGUGCAUCAAAGUUUUUAAAAGCGGACUAGUAUACUGUAUCAUUUAAGGGAAA